ACACUCACUAGAGGGGAGCACGCGCCGCCGCAGUAGCGAGGGUCCUGCCGCCUGGAAGGAAGGGGCUUCAUCCGCGCGACCCUCUGGUGCCCCAGGCCGAGCGAGCAGCUGGUUGGUGCUUAGACUCCUCCUGCGGCGGCCGCUCCCUCCACGUGCUUUCGACGACAUGGAGCUGGAGGAGCUGGGGGUCCGAGAGGAGUGCGGUGUGUUCGGGUGCAUUGCCUCAGGAGAGUGGCCCACGCAGCUGGAUGUGCCGCACGUGAUCACUCUGGGACUUGUGGGGCUGCAGCACCGGGGCCAGGAGAGUGCUGGUAUUGUGACCAGUGAUGGGAGUUCGAUACCAACAUUCAAAACACACAAGGGAAUGGGUCUUGUAAAUCACGUCUUUACUGAAGACAAUUUGAAGAAAUUAUACACUUCAAACCUUGGCAUUGGGCACACAAGGUACGCCACCACAGGAAACUGUGAAUUAGAAAAUUGCCAGCCCUUUGUUGUUGAGACGCUUCAUGGGAAAAUAGCUGUAGCGCAUAAUGGUGAAUUGGUAAACGCUGCUCGUUUGAGGAAAAAGCUUCUGCGCCAUGGUAUUGGUCUGUCCACAAGCUCCGAUAGUGAGAUGAUCACCCAGUUACUGGCAUAUACCCCUCCUCAGGAGCAAGAUGACACCCCAGACUGGGUGGCCAGGAUUAAAAACUUAAUGAAGGAAGCACCCACGGCCUACUCCCUCAUCAUCAUGCACAGAGACGUGAUCUAUGCCGUACGAGACCCUUAUGGGAAUCGCCCUCUGUGCAUUGGUCGUCUUAUUCCUGUAUCUGAUAUAAAUGAUAAAGAAAAAAAAUCUUCAGAAACAGAAGGAUGGGUGGUGUCUUCAGAAUCUUGUAGCUUUUUGUCUAUUGGUGCAAGGUACUACCGUGAAGUCUUACCCGGAGAAAUUGUGGAAAUAUCCAGACAUAAUGUCCAAACUCUUGAUGUUAUACCAAGGUCUGAAGGAAACCCAAUGGCUUUCUGUAUCUUUGAAUAUGUUUAUUUUGCAAGACCAGAUAGUAUAUUUGAAGACCAAAUGGUUUACACGGUAAGAUACCGUUGUGGUCAGCAGCUGGCGGUUGAAGCCCCUGUGGACGCAGAUGUGGUGAGCACUGUCCCCGAAUCUGCCACGCCUGCUGCUCUCGGCUAUGCGGCAAAGUGUGGGCUUCCGUACGUGGAGGUGCUCUGUAAAAAUCGCUACGUGGGAAGAACCUUCAUUCAGCCGAACAUGAGGCUAAGACAACUUGGUGUUGCGAAAAAAUUUGGAGUAUUGUCUGACAACUUUAAAGGCAAAAGAAUUGUUCUGGUAGAUGAUUCAAUCGUGAGAGGCAAUACCAUCUCACCCAUAAUCAAAUUGCUCAAAGAAUCGGGUGCAAAAGAGGUGCACAUUCGUGUAGCUUCACCACCAAUCAGAUAUCCGUGCUUCAUGGGAAUAAACAUACCAACCAAAGAAGAGCUGAUUGCCAAUAAACCAGAAUUUGAGCAUAUUUCAGAUUAUCUAGGAGCAAACAGUGUCGUGUACCUGUCGGUAGAAGGACUGGUUUCAUCUGUACGAGAAGGGAUAACAUUUAAGCAACAGAAAGUGCUGAAGCAGGACGGUGUGGGCCAAGAGGACGGGGUCGCUCUGGAAUGCGAUGAAAAGAAUGGUCACUGUGCAGAGGGGGACAGUGUGGGCCAAGCAGAUGGGUACCUGGAAUGUGGUGGAAAGAACGGUCACUGUACAGCUUGUCUGACUGGAAAAUACCCUGUGGAGUUGGAUUGGUAACUGCUAGGGGCAGACGUGCUGUUUCCAGACACAAAGCUGGUGGAGAAGCUGCCAUGGUCCCACCUUAUCCAUUUCCCGUUCCUCAGUUGGUCCAGUGUGAAAUGCCACGUGCUUGAGUUGUCAGUUCAGAGAGUUUUUGUCUGAAAGGUACCAAAGUGCUUUCUUUAGUAAUCCUAGAUAAAUACUUUGGUGGUGUCUAGGAACAUGGACGGUCCUUUCAAUUUUCUGCAGUAGUUGAGUACUUUCAGUUCUAUGAGAUCGUAUGCAUUUAAUUUCAGAUCAUCAACUGUAAUGAAAAGAAUAGGUAAGUUUGAGAGCAGAUUGCCAGGUACUGUACUCCCCCACAGAUUCUUAGAGAAUGUUGUGGAAUGUUUCUUGAGAGUUACUGAAAUUUAGUUAUGGGAUACUUUCAUCACUGGACCUUGUUAAUUGCAUGGGAUUCAGCGGUAUGUCCUAUUCUUUUUCUUUCCUCAAGCCUUGGCCAGCCUUUUCCACCUGGUCAGAGAAGGCAGGUGAAGGGUGGCAUUUGCUCCAUGUUUUAAAGGGUUUGCAAGAGGUUAGAGUUAAGGCGGUGUGAUGCAGACAGAACAUGUGGGUUACAUAUAACCUUUCAUACAGACCUUGAGUCCACAGUACCUGAAGUUACCUAGCAUCUAGAGUUCUUGAAAAAAAAAAAACACAUCAAAACAAAAAACAUAUCCUUUUGUCCCUUACUUCCCCACCUGUGCAAUGAGGUGUUUAUAUUAUGAAAUAACCAGCAGUAGUUAUAUUGGUGGUUAGAGCCAUCAUUCCAUCCCUUAAUUUUAAGGCAAUGUUUGUGUUAUUGUUAGCUUUUGAAAUGUUGGGUGUUGGUCUGCAGUUGAGAUUUCAAAAGGGAGACGCACAGCAGUGAUUUGUCACCUGUCCAUGCGAUGCCCUGAGAAUGAUUGUAAAAAUAUAUCUGUGCAAAAAAUUUUCCUACAGAUGACUGGAAAGUAUCCAUCCUACUUGGUGCUCUGAUAGCAUAAACCCAGCAAGAAACCUAAUACAAGUGAAGUAAAAAAUGAUUUUUUAGAGUUUAACAAACUUUUUAUUCUUAAUUUGAUUAUAUGCCUUUUUCAUGAAGUGCUUGUCAUUUGCAGACAUAUGUAUAUACAAUGAGAUGAUCAAGGUAGGGUUUUGUUUUGUUUUGUUUUUGCCCGUGCCCAUGGCUUGCAGAAGUUCCUGGGCCAGGGACUGAACCCUUGCCACAGUAGUGACCCAAGCCACAGCAGUAACAAUGCCAGGUCCUUAACCUCUAAGCCAUCUGGGAAUUCUCAAAACCUUUUUCCAUUAGCAUGCUCAUCUAAUUCCAGGCAUCAGCUUCAUCACUUUUUAUACUUUGUUUUAUUAGGAUCUAAUGAGGGAGAGUUUUUUAAAAGUUUUUGUUGUUAACAUCUGAGAUUUAAAACUUCAAGAUGACUUGCCCGUAACCCUUGUUUAUGUAAGACUUUUAAAACCUGAGUUUUUGUCUGUGUUAUUGUUAACCAUAACUUGGUGUACAUAGUGUCCAAACCAUCUAGAAUUGUAAUAUUUAUUAAUACCUUUUGUCUUUGGCAUUGAGUCUUUCCUGUUGUAUUAUCGCGGGCCCAGAGAAAAUGUUGACGGCCCUUUAAGCACAUGUACAGCAGGCAGCAGGGGUCAGAUAUAAUCCUGUGGUAGUGACACCAGCAAACUGGCAUUUGAAUCAAGCCUGGGACCAUUUGAGUGCACGGCCUCCUGUCCGGCAUGGAAGGGGCCAAUUUGAACCAGCCUUACUUACAUUUGAUUAAAGAAAAAACAAACAAACAAACAAACAAGAGACUCAGGGAAAGUACUAAACCAAAAUCUCUGAUUUAACUUUUGUGUUUUCCAUAGUUUUUAUCUUGUAUUAUUGAAAUACUUUUAUAAAGGAAAAUGGUACUGUGACAAUUCAAUAAUUCUACACAUUUCUUACUGUUUCUCCAUCAUGGCCUUUUAUUUCCCAAGGUUCUGUGAAUUAUGAUUUUAUACCAAUUUAAUCUCAAAUGUUGUUUAACUGCUUUAAAUUUAUAUAGGCAUUGUAAACUGCAGAGAAAAAUGAGAAAUGUGUUUUCACAGGAUCUAUAUUGUGAACUAAACUAAGCCUACCUUUUUAUAACUUCCUUGUUGAUGUGUUGGUGACAAAUAUAUGUAAUGAGUAUA